GUAAGCAUCUUGCUGCUCCAUCUUUUGGUUGUGAUAGGAAAUUUUACAAUUAAAAAAGCUCAGGAGUCAAAUAAAUGUGAUAUGUGCAGAUGUAUUGAAUGUUUUCUGGACAAUCUAUAUCAUGAUAAGAGCCACAAACUGUGUGGUAGAAGUUUUCGCUUCCCCAAUGCCCUCUGUUACCUUUUGUUUUUAUUUGGCAUCUGUAGAUAUCAAAAUAUUGAAUGCAGUUGCUUAACUUAAUUUUUUUUCAUAACUUUGUAACUCCACUAAUAACGCUCAUAAAUGGUUUUUUUUUCUGCUUUUACAGAUUCUGAAGGUGUUUAAGGCCUGAGUACUUACAAGCUCUUCAUACAUAGCAAUGUCUGGCUCAUAUGAUGAUUCCGUUGGAGUAGAAGUUUCUAGUGAUAGCUUCUGGGAGGUUGGAAAUUACAAGAGGACAGUAAAACGAAUUGAUGAUGGCCACAGACUUUGCAAUGAUCUUAUGAAUUGUAUUCAUGAACGGGCACGGAUAGAGAAGGGCUAUGCUCAGCAGCUCACAGAAUGGGCUAAAAGGUGGAAGCAACUUGUGGAGAAAGGCCCACAGUAUGGAACAGUAGAAAGGGCUUGGUGUGCUUUUAUGUCAGAAGCUGAAAAAGUGAGUGAACUACAUCUAGAAGUAAAAGGUUCACUGAUGAAUGAAGAUUUUGAAAAAAUCAAGAACUGGCAGAAGGAAGCCUUUCAUAAGCAAAUGAUGGGAGGAUUUAAGGAAACCAAAGAAGCAGAAGAUGGAUUUAGGAAAGCUCAGAAACCCUGGGCAAAAAAGCUGAAAGAGGUGGAAGCUGCAAAGAAAGCUUACCAUGCUGCCUGCAAGGAGGAGAAACUGGCUAUAUCCAGGGAAACAAACAGCAAAGCUGACCCAGCACUGAAUCCUGAACAACUCAAGAAAUUGCAAGACAAAGUGGAGAGAAGCAAACAAGAUGUAUUAAAGACAAAAGAAAAAUAUGAAAAAUCACUGAAGGAAUUAGAUAAUGCUACUCCUCAGUAUAUGGAGAACAUGGAGCAGGUAUUUGAGCAGUGCCAGCAGUUUGAGGAAAAACGGUUGCGUUUUUUCCGAGAAGUGUUACUGGAAGUUCAGAAACACCUUGACUUGUCCAAUGUUGCAAGUUACAAAAAUAUCUACCGUGAACUGGAACAGAAUAUCAAAACAGCAGAUGCUGUUGAAGACUUGCGGUGGUUUAGAGCUAAUCAAGGUCCAGGGAUGUCAAUGAAUUGGCCUCAGUUUGAGGAGUGGUCUGCAGACCUGAAUCGCACUCUCAGUAGAAGAGAAAAAAAGAAGGCUUCUGAUGGAGUGACUCUGACUGGUAUUAAUCAGACGGGAGACCAAGUUUCACAACCCAACAAACACAGCAGCAGUGUUAGUGUCCAGAGUAACACAGUGCAGUCAGUACAAUCAAGUUACAAUCCCUUUGAAGAUGAAGAAGAUACUGGGAGUACUGUCAGUGAAAAGGAGGACAAUAAGAUCAAAAAUGUUAGCAGCUAUGAGAAAAACCAAAGCUACCCUACAGAUUGGUCUGAUGAAGAGUCCAACAACCCCUUCUCUUCCACUGAUGCAAAUGGAGACACCAAUCCCUUUGAUGAAGAUACCCCUCCUGCCAUGGAGGUGAGAGUACGUGCACUCUAUGACUAUGAGGGCCAGGAGCAGGAUGAGCUCAGCUUUAAAGCUGGGGAUGAGUUAACCAAAAUGGAGAAUGAGGAUGAGCAGGGCUGGUGCAAAGGACGCCUGGACAAUGGACAAGUUGGUUUAUACCCAGCAAACUAUGUGGAACCAAUCCAGUGACAAAGGACAAAAUAAACACAGAAGUGUCACAAGAGCUCUGUAGGCCUGUACAGUGUAUUUAGGUGAAGUGAGAAGAAACUGAAUGGAUGUAUAGAGUGUAUAUAUUUUAAUGAAAAGGUGAGAGCUUGAUACUGAAAUAAGGCUGAAUGAAAGACAAAAGCUUGACAUGGUUUUCACAACUUGUACACAAUGCAAAGGAAAGGAGUUAGGUUGAAAAAAUAGUAUGAUAGGAAAAAUACUUUUUAAACUUUUUCUUCCCACAUGAUCUGUUAUUGUGGAUCCUAAACAUUUUUGCAUUUUCUGUGCUUAUGCCUCAUCCUACCCCAGGUAUGUGGCUUAUGCUCACCUUUGUUUAAUCAGUUAUUUUAAGUGACCUUCAGUAACUUGCAACUUGAAUUUUGAAGAUUAUUAUAGUUAAUUUUUAUUUGUUCUUAUCAGUGUCUGAAAGAUGCAGUAUUUUUUUAUUUAAAUGCUAUGUAGUUAAGCACCUUUUUGUAUGCUUUAUCAAUUAAUACUUAAAUUAUGACAUAGAUUUAGUCACCACUUGACUGAAUGAAAGCUCUUUCCAUGUUGUAAUAAUCUUUCUGUCUUGUCAGCAUGGCUUGAAGUUGUAAAUGGAGUUGUAAAACAAAAAAUGCUGUAUUUAAUAAAUAUCUGUUACAGAAUAUUAUUUGUAGCAGAGAUAUCUGCAGGUGUCAUGGGUUGGGAUUUACUGCAAAUGUUCUUUAUGUGGGUUGACACUUGAACUAAGAGUUUUCCAUCUAGAUCUUAAGUGGCGUUCAAAAGAAAUAUAAAUUAUGCAUAAGCCCCAGAAAAGAGGCUAUUUCCAGCACAUGUUUGCAGGGGGAAAAAAAAAAAUCUUUUAACUGCUAAUGAUUUUUGGGUGAUUUGGAAUGUUAAAUCUGUGAAGGCUGAUUAUCUUGAACAGAGAAGACUGUAAAAUAGACUAAAUGCUUUUAUUAAGAGCUUAUCUAUGUUGUGGAUAUGUACAUAUAAUUUGAUAUUCCAAAAUAUGAAGAGCAUGGCUAUUAGUUAUCAAGCCUUUUAGUGUCAAUAAGAUUUAGACUAUUUUAAGAGUUUAAAUUAUAGGUAUAUUUAAAUCUGCUUUCCUGCCAUAUUCAUUACUGUACCAUAGACAAAGUAUUCUGUGAUUAGAUUUCUCAGAAGUACAGUAAAUACACUAAUAUACUCAAAAUAAGUAUUUGUGGAUAACUUAAUGAGUCAAAAUAUAAACUAGCUUUAGUCCAAAUAUGGAUUAUUGUAGCAGAACACUGUAAAAUCUACAUUUGUUUGCAGUUACAACUUGGCCAGUUGUAAUCGUGUCAAAUCCCUGUCAAAUAUGCAUUUGUGACAUUGAAAACUGGGUUGUAAAACUACAGCAGAUCUGUGUUAAAACUAAGUAUCAGGUAAGUAGAUAUGCCAUGUUAAGAAGCUACACUGUAAUGAAGUUAACAAAUCUUUUUCAAGGUAAUUAUAAAACACUGUUGGUAAUCUUGGACUUUAUCAUUUGCUUUUUGAGCUUAUCGAUAUAUUUAGUCAUCAUUUUCAGUGAAUCCAAAUGUGCAGGCUUAGAAAGUGGAUGUAUGUAUAUGUCUGUCAACAAAAGCUUACCAACAUAUUUGUUCAUCCACAGGACAGUUGCUAAAAUUGUCAGGAAUUACUGUUUUGGGUCUCUGUAUUGUAAAAUAUUUUAGAAAACAAUAAAAGCUGGUAAUCUCCUAAAUACACAGAAUGCACCUUUUACUAUUUCAAUGUAUGUGAAAAUAGUCUUAUGAAACAAAUAAUCUGUGCAUUUCAUUGCAAUUCAUGGUGACAAAACCUGCAUUGUGUAAAAGAGCCACAAACAGGAGUGUGAAGGCAUUGUGCCAUUAACAAAAAAAGGUGCCAUGCACAGGAAUUCUUGGCAAAGCAUUCUGGCAAAAUCUUCAUGGAAGAAGAGGAAAUUGUUUUUUAUGGUAUGCAGAGUCUACUGUGAUGCUGCUUUCUGUGGUGUUGUCAAGUCUCAGUGUGGGUGAGCAGCUAAGGUUUUUAUUUCUUUUAAAAUAUAGUAUCUGAGUAUUUUCUGCCUUUGAGUUUUCUUGUUGACUGGCAGUGAUUAAUACAGUGCUGAUUGUGACAGCUGGCUGAAGGUUUUAUCUCAUCUCCCCUAUCCAAACACCUGCUGAACAGCAGA